AUGCCCAGAACUCCGGAACCUGCCAACGCCGGCGGAGACGAAGAACUUCUAUCCUACCCAAGGCCGCGCCUCAGACUAAGGAAGCGCAACGCUUCGUCCCAAUUGCGCGCUGCGAGUCACCACGAGUUUGUCACGGAUGCGACCGCCGUGACCGCCGUGACCGCCGACACACCCCUUCCUAGUAUAGAGACGUCGGAUUCUGCAACCGCAUUUGCGACUCCUGAUGAACACAUGGUCGAUUAUCUGCCCGCGAUACAUUUGCAACAUGGCGACAACGACGACAACAGCUUGAGGGAUCCCUGUCCUAUUAGCACGCGCAUCGGAGUAUCGUCAGUAUCAAGGCCCCAAACGCCCACUGUGGACCUUGCUCCAUCGUAUAAAGCGUCAGCCAAAUUCCCCAAUUGGUCAAUCGACUCAUCAUGGAGCGAUUCGGAUCUUGAAUCCAGUCCCGAGUAUGAGUCUAGCAGACCUUCCACGGCCUUUUCAACGCAAACAAGCUCGUCGCUAUUCAGCCACUUUUCACAACCUUCAGAAGAUGGCGAUUGUAUUAGCCCCGAUGUCGAUAAAGGCUAUUUUAACUUUGCUGACUGGCAUGGCAAUGACAAUAACGGCCUGAGCUCCAGCAGGGCACCUAGAAAAGCUCCGUGGACCCGGGCAAUGAGCUCGCACCUGUGGUCGACGUACAUGUUGUACCUGUCAGACUCCACAGUGACGCCCGUCAACAUGGGCAAGAGCUGCAUUCCGCCAAAUGGCGUCUGCGCCCGCGUAGCUCGCGAAGCAAAGCGCAGCUGGAAAGGUUCCAAGCAAAUGCUUGAUAGCAAUAAAAGUGGCAGCAGUACUCCGACAGCCGAGUCUGCUAGGCCUUAUAUCGAGUGGCCUCAUACGUGCGCAGCUACCCGCGCCCACCUGCGCGAGCUGUGCAAACUGCGAGCGGCCCCUGCUGCCUCGAACACGGCACAAAGCCCUGCCCCAUUUACUAAGGCAGCCCACAGGCGAUGGAACCGGAGAUCGACGCCACUACGAUCUCCUUCGGUGUUCUCCGCCCAAGAGAUGGGCAUGUCCUUGGCAUUGAGCACCUCGGAAACCAUGCAUCCAGAAGGUCCAAUGGCGCGCUUGACGAGGUCUGUUCGCGAGUCGCAGAAUACAUCUCAACCAUCAUUGCCCCGGACGCAUGGUCUGAAGACCGCCGACCAGGUGGAAAGCGAUCCUUUCGUGGACAGCAGCUCACAGGCGAGCCGCAUGCGACUAGGCUCUCCGUUUGCUAAAAGCUACGGCCCCAGCUCGUCGUCGACACUCACCGAGGGCAUUGAGCCGCGUCGCCAAUCCCUGACUGUUGGACCACCAAAUUUCCUCAAGUCGCCUGCCCGCCUGACCAGAUCUGGCACGCAAAAACGAAGAUCGAAUAAGAACUCGGGCAAGCCUCGUAAGCGCCGUCCAAGUCUGGCCUCAGUCGUGUGGGAUCCGCCAGCAAAGACGACAGAUUCAUCUCCGAAUACCUCUGCAGGCACUCAGUUCAGCUCGACAGAUUCUCGCGAGAAUGACAAACUCUUCGUUCCUCGAACAUCGACCACUGGGAUUUUCCCCCCAUCCACCACAAGCAGCUUGCACGAGCCCGCAGUGCCAGCAUCAAUACCCGCCCGUCUGGGCUCUCCAUUUUCAUUCCCUCACGCGAGUCACUCUUUUCCCAACAGAUUUACACAACCCAUUCAUUUCAACCUCGGUGCUCUCCGAAAGCCAUUUGCAACUGUGCAUCAGACCAGAGAGCCCAGCCCUGAGACGUCGCCAACUCGGGCAGGUCUAUCAUCACGCUUGGCUUACCUGGAUCAACGACUCAAGGACCUGAGAAACAGAACUAGUCGCCAAAAGUCUCAGUCGCCGUCCAUCUGA